AUGGAGAACAGACAAGCGGUUUCAAACCCUAGUGAUAUCUCUGCUCCAACUCAAGCUCUCAUUCCUGAGCACGACAAUGGCAUUUUAACUUAUUCAGAACGGGAUGCUUAUUUCGAUACAUACAAGGCUAAGCUUAAGGAUGACAGAGAGUGUAGAUUUUACCUUCCAAUGGGUAGCAGCCCAAUUAAUGAAGGAGAGUCAAGGAGAAGGAGACCACUGAGUUUGACUGCAGGUGAGAAUGGAUUUCUAAACACCAUGGGAGAAAGUGCUUUCAAAAAAGAGAUAAGAAUGAGAUUCAGGGAAUUGUCUACAAAGGAUGCAUCCCAAAUUCACCUAAUUGGCAAGAGAGUGAGCUCUAUCUUUGAAAACUACCAACCAAGUGGAGAAAGGGAAUGGUACUUCUUCACACCAAGAAAGAGAAAGUAUAAGAAUGGAGAUCGACCGAAUCGGGCUACAGUGGAUGGCUACUGGAAAGCUACUGGUGUUGACAAAUCUAUCAGUUCCAAUGAUAUUGUGGUUGGUUUCAAAAAGGUUUUGGUAUAUUAUAGUGGAAAAGCUUCAGGUGGGGACAAGACUUCUUGGAUUAUGCAUGAGUACAUAGCUAAAAAUGGUCCAAGGAGGCCAAAGGGUUCAAGCGACAUGAGGUUGGAUGACAUAAUUCUGUGCAGGAUUUAUAAGAAAGCAGAAUCGAAGAAAAAAACAAAUGAGCUUCCACAUGGAGAGGCUCCGAAUCAACAAGCCACCAACAGUGUUCAACCAUGUCAGAUGGAUAAUCAACAUGUACAAGCAGAAGUCUCAACCAUAGUUCCAGGAGAGUGUUAUAUGCCAUUCAAUGAGAAUUUAACAACUGAAAUCAACACUGCUUAUAGUUACAUUGACAAUGAGGCUUCCAUGUCAUACUUCAACCAGUUCGAUAGCUUCCCGUAUCAUCGGUAUAUCCCAAGUGGAUUCACAGAAGUUCCACAGAGUCAAUUCCUUCCGUUCGAUCAUUGUCAAGCUAUGAUGGCUAGUGUAUCCGAGUAUCACGAUGCAAUGGGGAUGGCCGGGCCGAGAUCAUGGAAGCAGUCAAGUCAUUUGAUGGAAGACAAUCCCAGCCUCACACAGUUCAAUCAGUUGCCUUGUGAUUGUAUGCCAAGAGAAGAAGAGGAAAUGGGACUUCCAAAGGUAGAUCCUCGGGACCAAUUUCUUUUUAAUUUUGAGCCAAAGCAGUCAGAUCCUAGCAACAGUGACUUCAAAGAUUAA